GUUCGGGGAGCGCCGAGCGCCGGUCUCCUGAGAGCACUAGGACCUGGUGAUCGCCCUCAGCCGCUAUUAAUCCCUUAGCGAGCAGCCGGGAGUCUUUUUUGGGGGGACCUGGCAGAGAGCGGUGACGGGAAAGGGAGCCGCGAGGUUUUGAGCGGAGAAGACGGCGGGGCUCAGCGGUGGACAUCCGGGAGAGGAAGACCUGCAGCCACAUGAAUUCUGCUACCAGUGUACCAAACAGACACCAUCCAGUCUUGGGAACAACAAGUACAGAAGGUGACCAAACGCGACGUAAAACAAUUCUAAAGUGCCGUUAUGACAGGCAGUAUUCCCCAAGACAGAUAUAAGGCUGUUUGGCUCAUCUUUUUCAUACUUGGUCUUGGGACGCUCUUGCCAUGGAAUUUUUUCAUGACAGCUUCAGAGUACUUUAUCGACCGCCUGAAGGAUUCUCACAGCAACAUAUCAUUGUUGGAUUCCCAUGCCAAUGUGAACGUCACAGGAAAAGAGUACUUUAUCGACCGCCUGAAGGAUUCUCACAGCAACAUAUCAUUGUUGGAUUCCCAUGCCAAUGUGAACGUCACAGGAACAGAGGACUCUUACAAUCUUACUAAUGUGACUGGCACAGGGAAGAAGGAAGUUCCUCUCUCAUACCUGCAGUCCAUAUUUAAUAAUGUGAUGACAUUAUGUGCCAUGUUGCCUCUACUCAUCUUCACCUGCCUUAACUCUUUUAUCCACCAGAGGAUCCCUCAGCAAAUACGGAUCAUAUCUAGUUUGGUUGCCAUCUUCUUGGUCUUCAUGGUAACAGUGAUCCUAGUCAAGGUCGAAAUGGAGCCUUUGACUUUUUUCAUCAUUACUAUGGUCAAGAUAGUCUUCAUAAAUUCCUUUGGGGCCAUUCUCCAAGGCAGCCUUUUUGGAUUGGCAGGGCUCCUUCCCGCCAGUUACACGGCACCUAUUAUGAGCGGGCAGGGCCUUGCAGGGACAUUCGCAGCAGUAGCUAUGAUCUGUGCUAUUGCUACUGGUUCCGAACUAAAAGAAAGUGCCUUUGGUUACUUCAUCACUGCCUGUGUUGUGGUCCUGAUAGCUAUUGGCUCCUAUAUCAUGUUGCCUCGUCUGGAUUUUUUCUGCUUUUAUUCGAUGAAGAAUAAGAGAGAAUAUGCAACUUCUGUGACUCAGGCUGAGAUGGAAACAAAAGUUGAUCUCAUCAGGAAAGAUGUGGUUAAUGGUGUUGAACGAAACCACUCUAGGAAUGGAGAUCCCCUUGCCUCCACCCACAGAUCUUCAGUCCUUGGCAUCUUCAAAAAGAUAUGGGUUAUGGCUGUUUCUGUCUGCUUAGUUUUUACUGUUACAAUCGGAGUCUUCCCAGCUGUCACUGUUGCAGUAAAGCCAACUAUUGGAAAAAAUACACGUUGGGUUUCCUAUUUCAGCCCAGUUGCUUGUUUCCUGAUGUUUAACAUCUUUGACUGGGCAGGAAGGAGCCUCACAGCUGUCUGUGUUUGGCCUGGAAAAGAGAGCCGCUUGUUACCCUUCCUGGUGAUUAUCCGUCUGAUUUUCAUUCCCCUCUUCAUGCUGUGUAACGUGCAGCCCCGCCAUAACCUGCCUGUCAUCUUUGCUCACGAUGCCUGGUACCUCAGCUUCAUGCUGUUGUUUUCCAUCUCCAAUGGUUACUUGGCCAGCCUCUGCAUGUGCUUUGGACCCAAGAAGGUGCUGUCUCAUGAAGCGGAAACUGCUGGAGCCAUCAUGGCCUUCUUCCUCUCCUUGGGUCUGGCUUUAGGAGCCAUCUUAUCCUUUCCACUCUUCUACGCAAUCUAAUGAAGAUAUCGUGGGGCAUCUCUGGGCAGAGGAGCAGUAGAGUUAUAUUACCAUGGAGUAUUUCUUGCCUGGUUCCUGGGAACUUGUUGCCUUAAUACCUCUUGGCUUGGAAGAGGACUACUCUCUUACUGACCAGAUGGCCUGGCUUCUCCUUGGGUAUAAGACCUUCCCCUUCACACACAGACACGCACACACACUUUACCAGUGCCAGCUAUGAAUGAUUUACAUUGUCUCGAUGUGUUCUGCUUCACUAUCUGUGGCAAAAGAGAAUUGUUCCCAAUCCACCUUCCAGCUUUUCAGCUGCUCCUGUGAAUUUGUUGAAUGUGCUCACGCUUCAUUAGUGUCUGCCCUACCCUCAAAAGGCAAGACAUUGAAGAAGCUGCUGUACCCCCAAAAUGCUCUUCAUUAAAUGACUCCAUGGAAAAGGAGUCCUCUUCUUCAGCUGCAUGUUCAAACUUCUGAAAUCCAUGGUUUGUGGACAUUCAGAAUUAGGCAAGAACAGCUCAACAGCUAUUACUUGGAGACGGGUGAUGGAAAGCGGACCUUGGCUGUUUCCACAUUUUUAAGUAGUUUGGACAACAACAACUUCGGGGCCUUGAAGUACUGGUUACUUUGAAAAUGGAAGUAUUUUGUAUACAAACUGAAUACGCCCUUUCUUCUGAAGGCUCACCUUGUCUCUUUUCCAAGAUUUUGCAUGAUUUGGCUCUAGGGAGCAGUGGUAAAUGAGCUCAUGAACUCUUCAGCAUAGUGCAAACGAUAAAACAGAUCAUUCCCAAGCCCGGCUGUUCAGAGCCCCUGCAGUUUUCUGUGCUUUUUCAUGAAUUUAUGAAACUCAGGAUUUGCGUAUUUGAACUCUGUUUAAAAAUGGCAAUUUUUUUCUAAGAGAAAGGUAACAAAUAAAAAAUAAGGGUGGGUUUUUUUUGGUAAAGUUUGAAGCUGUAAUGUUACCUUGUAUUUAAAUUAUUUACUAUUGUUAAGUAUAAAAGUCCAUUUCAUAUGGGAAUACAACAAAGACCAAUCAUAUUAGAAAGUAGUGAUUUUCAACAUCCUAAAAUCAAUUGCCUGGCCUUAAUAUGGUACCCUACUAUGAUUGGUCUUUUUUUUUGUGAAAGAAAAAUGGAACUAGAGCGCCAUCUAUUGGUCAACCUUUAUAUAUUGCCAUCUCUGGGUCAUAAUGAUACAUAAUGAUCGUCUCAAUCUAAAAAUGUUAGUUUAACGAUGAUUUGAAGUUAUGGUGGCCUUGGAAAAAGUGACUGAUGACUGGUCCCCAAAAUUAGGACUAUUGCACAUGCAGGCACACCUCCCUGCAGUCACAAUUCAAGCAGUUGGCAACUGUCUUGCAUUUAUGACAGUUGCAAUGUAUUGCAAUUUUGUCACUUUCCCAGCUAGCUUCCAACAAGCAAAAUCAAUUGGGAAAUUCCAAAUUCAUUUAAAGACCAUCUGAUUCACUUAAUAACUACAUAAAAAGGGUCAUAAAAUUAGGUCUAGUCACAUGACUCACUUAAGGACUGCAUUGCUUAACAACCAAAAUUCAGGUCCUAAUUGUGGUUGUGAGUCAAGGCUACCUGCAUAUUUAUAUAUUUAAGAAGUUAAAAUACAUCAAGUCUUUUGUAAAGCAUUUAAAUCAGGGGUGCCAAAAUCACGUCACGUCAUUGUCACGUGACUUAUCGGGACUUUUUCCCCCCUUUGCUAAACCAGGGGUAGGUGCGGCCAGCACGUGAAGCAUCCGGCCCGUGGGCCAUGAGUUUGACACCCCUGAUAUAAAUUGUGUAACAUCCCCAAAUAGCAAGGAAUAUAAUGCUCCUUUAUUUGUUGCUUAGUGGUUUGAAUUAAGACAGCAGUUUUAUUAUUGGGUUCUGAAAUAUUUACAGCUAAGCAGAAAGUGGGAAAUUUUAAAUAAAAUGCAGAUGAUCUCUGAAA